UCUGUCUUCUUCUUCCUCUACUCGGCGAAUUUUCUCGAGAAAAAUUAAACUGAAAUUUUCUGAUCGAAGAUCUAAAAAAGAAGAUGGAGAGAAGACAAGCGAAGAUCCAUGUCUUUGUAUUGAUUGGUUUGAUUCUAUUGAAUUCGAUCAAUCAAAUCUCGUCGCUCUCUGUAACAGUUAACGACGAAGAAUGUGUCCAAGAAUACGUCCUUUACGAAGGCGACACUGUUUCCGGUAACUUCGUCGUCGUCGAUCAUGAUAUAUUCUGGGGAUCAGAUCAUCCUGGUUUGGAUUUCACGGUGACGUCUCCAGCUGGGAACAUUGUACAAACUUUAAAGGGAACAUCUGGAGAUAAGUUUGAGUUUAAGGCUCCAAGAAGUGGAAUGUAUAAAUUUUGUUUCCACAAUCCUUAUUCUACUCCUGAAACUGUCUCCUUUUAUAUUCAUGUUGGCCAUAUUCCCAAUGAGCAUGACUUAGCCAAAGAUGAACAUUUGGACCCGGUAAAUGUUAAGAUAGCUGAGUUGAGAGAGGCUUUGGAAUCUGUUGUUGCUGAGCAGAAGUAUUUGAAAGCACGUGAUACUCGUCACCGUCAUACGAAUGAAAGCACGAGAAAGCGUGUGAUAUUGUACACAGUAGGAGAGUACAUAUUCCUUGCAGCAGCUAGUGGACUUCAAGUUCUCUACAUCCGCAAGCUCUUUAGCAAGUCGGUCGCAUACAACAGAGUUUGAACAUAACAAAACAUCAGCAAGGUCUUAUGUCCUUUUAUGUUUGGCUUGGUGAACGAAUCAAAACACAAAUCUUAAACAGUGUUAGUUAACUUAAAAGCUUUAAUAGCGAAAGACUCCCUUUUUGUUUUUGGUUUCUACACUUUUCUUUGGCUUCAAUUUACUUAUGCAGAACUUGAUAAAGCUUAUUUCUGAUUCA